AUGAAGAUCCAGAAGACAAUGUUUUUCGCCUCGUUGAUUGUUUUGUGUUUACACCCGAUGAAGGUUAGUGCAGACGAAGCGAUCGUUUGUGGCGCCAUCAUGGGUGUUUUACUAACAUGGUUUGGAAUCCCUGUCUUGCUCAGCACAAUUGGAUUUGGGGCUAAAAUCGCCGCUGGCUCAUUGGCGUCAACGCUGAUGUCCUUGACAGCAAGGAUUGGGUCUGGAUUAAAGCUUGUGGCAGUUCUACAAUCCAUCGGGGCAUCCGGUGUCAGCUGGACGACUGUCAUCGUUGGAGGUCUUCUUGGAGCUUUGAUUUGCUUCUUGAUCAGGAGGCGGGUGCUGUAG